UGUGCUGAUGUUUUAUGACCAUGUGGAGCUGUCAUUCACUGAUGUAGACAACACGUUGGAGGCAUUCAAAGAUUCAAAGAAGGGAGCUGUUUACCUGCUGCCAUACCAAGUUGUAUUUGUGGCAAAAGAUAACCGAGAGGCACUGAAAUCCUUCACAAUGCCAUUUUAUCUGAUGAAGGGCUGUGAGAUCAAACAGCCAGUGCUUGGGGCAAAUUACAUCAAAGGAACCAUCAAAGCUGAGCCAAAUGGAGGAUGGGAAGGUUCUGCAGCAUUUAAGCUGUCCUUCACCAGUGGAGGUGCCAUUGAAUUUGGACAGCAGAUGUUACGUACAGCAUCACAAGCCUCUAGGGGUGAAAUCCCAGCUGGUGCAUUUGGCUACACCUACAUGCCAAACAGUGUUUGUGGAACUACAGUACCUGUGGGAGUCCCAGCAUACAAUGCAUCAACAUCUGCAAUCUUUGCCUACCCUCCCCCACUUUCAGCUGGAUUUUACCCUGGACCACCUCCCACAGAGGGUACAAUGAACUAUAUGGCACCUCCUCCUUACCCAGGGCCCAUGACUCUUCUAGGAGGUGAUGCACUUCUGUCACGGACGCAGGAUUGUGAAGCAAGGCCUGCCAAUGAGUCUGAAAAUACUCUGAGCAGUCAGUCAGCCCCUCAUAGUGUUCCCAUGGACCAGCCCCCUCCAUACACACCACAUGCUGAAAACCAAGGGCAGCAGAGUGACCAGCUUGGGAACACAGUCCGCCAGCCCCUUCGUGAUUGGAGCCAGCAGCCACAGCAUGCAUCUCCCUUCCAUACUGCUCCUGACUCCUCUCAAUAACUGGUGAAUUGAAGAUGUACGUAUUUUUCCGCUGAAGAAAGCGACACUGACUCUCAGCAUCUCAACUUUGGAGGUGCUACAGCCAACUGACAUGGGACAGCAUGCUUUGCAUCCCCAUACCCCCUGCAUCUGUACCAGCAAGCAAUGUUCCCUUGGGCAAUGGAAGCCAAGUAAGGUGAAUGGCAGCAGGCAGCAAAUCUACUUAAGGAACUGCAGAACAUUAUUUUUUUUUUUCUUCAGAAUGGAUCAAUAUUUUAUUUACGGUCUCUUGAGUUUCAUCGCACCUGCAUGGACAGACGUCACUGACUCCCUACCUUCAUUCUGUUUGUCUGUACUCUAAUGGGCUAUUUGUUAAUUAGGAAACAAAUCUGCUUAGGAUACUUAGAAGCUCAGUAAGAGCUGGUCCAGUUAUUGUUGUCUCCAGGACACUUUUAUUAGCUGUUCAUACCUGUGGGAAAGCCCAAAUUUAAAUAUUUCUUUCAUGGGAUGUGAGUAUUACUGGCAAGACCAGCAUUUGUAACCCUACCUUAAUUGACCUGAGUGAAGUGACUACUGGACCACUUCGGAGGACCAUUAAAAGUCCACCAUGUUACUGAGUCUGAAGUCGCAUACAGGUCAGACCAAGUAAGCUUGGCAGAUUGCCUACCCUAAAGCGCAGUAGUAAAACAGAUUGGUCCUUAUGUCAGUUGAUCGUUUCUUGGUUACCAUAAUGGAGACUAGUUAUCAAUUCUAGAUGUAUUAAUUGAAUUUGCAUUUGUCAGUUGCCAUAUUGGAAUUUGGAUAUCCCUACAGCAUGCUAGUUUUUGGAUUACUCAUCCAGUAACACUAGCAAAAUGUCACCAUCUUCCUGUUGAUACUUGGUGCUUUCAAUACCCAUUGAAUUGCCAUAGCAAAAACUGACUUAACCUUUGCAUUUACAUUUGACUUUACACAACCAAUGAGAGGUUUGAAAUUCUGUUAGUGUAGGUAAUGGAGCAGCCAAUUUGUGCACAAAAAGACUGCCCAGAUAAUCUGUUUUUAAUGAGGUUGUGAGCUUUAAAUAUUGGCCAGUUCACCCAGAACUCCCUGCUAAUUUUUUUUGAUGCUGUGGAGUCUCUUACAUCUGCAUGAGGGAGCUAACAGGACUUUAGCGGAUUAUGGAUAAGAAGUUAGUGGUGUGAAGUCCUGCCCAUCCACACUAGAUAGCAGGGCAGUGGCUUUGUGUUAAUUCUCAUCUUGUAGCAUUAUGUGCAGCAGAUCCUCUGCUUGCCCUGGAUCCACAAGGACUGUUGUGGGAUAUUCAAUAUCAGCGCAACAUUGUGUAUAAAUGAUGAAGCUUUAUGCUUUGCCUUCCAACUAUUGCUGUUGGGGUGGUGUGUAGAUGCAGGAAUGUGAUUAGAUUUGUUUUCAAUUGCAUUGAUCUAGAAUACACUAUCCUGAAAGACCAUUGGAAGCUGGUUCAACAGCAACAUUCAAGUACAAUGGAACAAAAACUUGGAGGGGAAAUCAAUUGUAGAGCUAGUGAUAAAGAACAGGGAGUGAGUUAAAUUAGGUUGUUCCUUCAUAGGUAUCAUGGGCUGAAUGGUCUCUUUCUGUACUGUGUGAUCCAAACUUAAUGAUUCAACGUUGGGACUUGAGUCACUGAACUAUGCUUUUUACUCAGUGCUGGUCUGUAAAUGAGUCUCCACAGUCACCCUGUAAAUGGAUUUUGAAUUUGUUAGUCAUUCAAAUGCUUCCUGUGAAUGACUGACUGACUCUUUUAAUGGCUUAAAUUAUGAUACUGCUACAAUGCUGAUGCUCAGCUCAACAGAACAGUGCUAAAUCCCAGAACUCUGGAGGUUUUAUUGCUAGAAACUGUGGCAGCAAGUGCAUCUCCUUGUGCCAAGUUUACAUAAGAACGUCAUGCUCAAUAAGGCCCAGUUUUGAGGUCUUCUAAUCAAUGACCUAGGAAACCUGAAAAGUUUUUGCCCCAGCAUUGAAUUGGACCACUUUACAGGCCUCCCUAGCAACUGGCUACAACAGGUGAUAGUAACUUACUUGGGUAUUUAAGAGACUAAAUACUUCAUUCAGAUUCCAUGACACAUGUCAGACAGUUAUGAGUAUAUUGACUAUUCAGCAACUGACAAUGUAUAAAGUAAAGAAGGUCCUUUAUGUGCAAUAUUUGAAAGAAAGCAGCCUUGUGUGGAGCCAGAAUGAGGAGUGUACCCCUAGAGCCACAAUUAUUAUAGUUGAACCUAUGUGACUUGGCUUCAUGGAGCUGCCCAUAGAAGUGCCAAAGGCACUUGUAGCUUGAAGAUUGUUAAUUAGGCUCUAGGUCUCUGUAAAACACACCAUCGAGUUUGACCCCACAAAUAGUUACAACCCUGAUGAAGGGUCUAGGCCUGAAACGUCAGCCUUUCUGCUCCUAUGAUGCUGCUUGGCCUGCUGUGUUCAUCCAGCCCUGCACCUUGUUGUCUCGGAUUCUCCAGCAUCUGCAGUUCCUAUUAUCUCUGAUUCAAUAGUUAUAACCUGUUGUGAUUCAUAUGCGAGCAUGUUCACUUCCUCUGUAUUCAUGGCCCUUCAAAACCCUUACCAAUACACAUAUUACUAGUGAUCUAUAUACCAGCAAGGAUGAGCUGGUUUAGCUGAUUGACAGCACUUGUUCACCACAGCAAGGGACAGAUAAAAUGAGGCAGUUAGAGCCUGAUCUAGCAGUUGUUAUAGGCACCAGCUUGUCAUCUUGCUGCAUGCAUAGUGCAUCCCUGCCUCCGAUGGAUAGUUUCUGAUAUAGCAGGCCAGUGACUUGGUGAAUUGUACAGUAUAAAUUUAUGACAAGAUAUUCUAGGUUGCAAUAAAGUAUAUAAGUGCAAUGGAGUGGACUGAAAUGUCUAUUAUCUCUAAUAGAGGCUGCAUUGAAUCUGGCCUCACUGCCUGAAGAGGGAUGAACUCCCCAGCUGUCUCUCACUCCAUCAUAACUGCUGCAGAUUUACAGGCGGAUUAAGGUCUGAGUUCCAGCUUCCGUUAACAUAUAUUGUCACAUUGUUUCUUCAAAUUCUCACUCGGAUCACUUUGGAUAAAAUAACAGCACAACAUAUUCCACUAUUUCCCUCUACCCAAGGCCCCCAGGGCUGGUAUACCAGAGUUUUUGUUCAGGAUGUUAUUGUUUGAUUGUCUGAGUCAUGUGCACUAACUAAUGUCUUUCCCAAGUUCCAAGGAAGGUUACAGUCUGUUCCACAGGUAGAGGAAGUAUGAGCAGGAGUAGACUAUUCAACCUGUUGAGCCUGCUCUGCCAUUCAAUACAAUCUUGGCUGAUUUUGGGUUUCAUCCUCACAUUUUUGCCAGUUCCCUACGUCACUUCUUUCCUUAGAUGAAAGAUCUGUCCAUUCAGCUUUAAGAUAUUAAAGGAUCCACAUUCUA